CGCCGCCUCCCGGUCCCCGCACCGGGCUCGCCGCAUGGCUCCGCCGCCCGCCGGGGCGCCGCCGGCCCGGGCCGCCGCUGCAAGUGACGGGCUGUCCCGGCGGGGACACGCAUCCUGAAUGGGGCUGAGGCCCCCUGCGUGGGAAUAUGCAGCCUCAGCGCCGUGGGGGCAGCACCGGGGCAGCGGCCGGCGCGCGGCGGCAUGGUGGCGACCUUCAAGAUCGCCGUGCUGGGAGCCCAGGGCGUGGGCAAGAGCGCCAUAGUCCGGCAGUUCCUCUACAACGAGUUCAGCGAGGUCUGCGUGCCCACCACGGCCCGCCGCGUCUACCUGCCCGCCGUCGUGAUGAACGGCCACGUCCACGACCUGCAGAUCAUGGACUUCCCCCCCAUCAGCGCCUUCCCCGUCAACACGCUGCAGGAGUGGGCGGACGUGUGUUGCAGGGGGCUCCGGAGCGUCCAUGCCUACAUCCUGGUCUAUGACAUCUGUUGCUUUGACAGCUUCGAGUACAUCAAAACCAUCCGCCAGCAGAUCCUGGAAACGAGGGUCAUCGGCACGUCGGAGACACCCAUCAUCAUCGUGGGCAACAAGCGGGACCUGCAGCGGGGCCGGGUGAUCCCGCGCUGGAACGUCUCCAACCUGGUGAAGAAGACGUGGAAGUGCGGCUACAUCGAGUGCUCGGCCAAGUACAACUGGCACAUCCUGCUGCUCUUCAGCGAGCUCCUGAAGAGCGUGGGCUGCGCCCGCUGCAAGCACGUCCACACCACCAUCCGCUUCCAGGGCGCCCUGCGCAGGAACCGAUGCACCAUCAUGUGAGCCCCCCCGACCCCGACGGACCCCCCCCCCGGGCCGUGUCCCUGCAGGACCCCCAGCCCUGCCGGGGUGAUGCUCCGCUGGGAGCUGCGCCGGAGGCACCCCGGGCGUUGCUUCCCCUGCGGUGACACUUGGGGACAUGGUGCUCCCGGCACGGGGCCAGGCAGGGCGAUGCUGUGGCCGCCGGUGGGUCGGGUCAGGCUGGGCCAGGUGGGCGGCCGUGCUGCCCGGAGGUGAGGCGUGAGGGAGGACCUUGGCUGGAUCCUCGCUUCUUCACAUGAAGGAGCCGCUCGGGGAGAGCCCUGUGGUCCCACCGACCUCAAAUUCCCACAUCAGGGCUGAUCCCUGCAUCCCUGCGCCGCCCCGGCCCAAGCUGGUCACCUCCGUGGGCUCUUGCUGCUCUGUGCCCGACCCGGGCAGCCUGGUUUGGUUCCCCUGCCCCAAAAAGUGUUAUUCCCACCCCCACCAGCUCCCUUUCCUUAAGCCUCGUCCUCCCCAUAUGCACCAGCCCCGCAGAGGCUUCGCCUGCCCCUGGGUUUGCAGCAAAGCUGCUGCCAUCAAACGCUGGGCACAGCUCAGCACCCCGACCCAAAGCUCAGCACCCAGACCCAAAAGGCAGGGGUUCCUGGCUAGGCAGGCGGCGCUUCCAGGUGGAUUCAACCCCUGCGGGGCUUUUCCUAGGGGAAGCUCGCAUCCAUCCAUCCAUCCGAGACGGAGACGGUGCCCGCACAAAGGCAGCCUCCAAAGCAAUAGGGAGCUGGAGUUGCAUUUCCACCUUUUUUUCUCGACUCUGUGCACAUUCCUAAUGGGAAAAUGAGCCCCUCUUUAUUUUUCUUUAUUUAUUUAUUUUAUUUUUUUAUAAAUUAGUCUUUUGGCUUGUUUCCACUCCGGACUGCCAGCUCAUCUGCAGUUUGUCCUGGAGCCCGGGAGGCAAAGUGCAGCCCGAACUCAUAAAUGGUGCCAGGUGUGAGGGACGCAGGGGUCUGGGCUUUGUCCCUGUGUGACACGGGGAUGCUGUGAAUCAGGCAACACCAAAAGCCCGCUGCCUCUUCCUCACCGACAGGCUCCAUUUCCCAGGAGAUCUGCUGUUAUCCUGGUAACACUCGCUAUUCAGAGUCCUUCCCACUGAGCUCUAGCCCACUGCAUUCAGCCUGGCCUCGCGUCCCGGCCACCCGUCGGUCCCGGCAUCCCUGCUCCAUCCCUGCCAUCAGUCCCCGCUCCAUUCCUGGUCCAUCCCCACCAUCAGUCCCUGCUCCAUCCCUGCUGCCCCCAGCAGCUUCUUCAGGAACCAAAACCCCAUCCUCGUACCCCAAACAAAAUAAGGAAAAAACACACAGAAAAAUCGAUGGGAGGACGCACAGGGCCAAGGGCUGGGGGAGAGCAACUCCCAUCCUCCAUCCCUCACCUUCACAGCAAACCCACCGUGCAGUGCCGCCGGCCCAGACCCAUCUCACCAGGAUUUAUCAGCCCACGUUAUCGGUCUCUUGCUAGCUUUACCCCUCCAAAUUGUUUGAGAAGGAAACUCCUUGGUAAAUGCUACUAAUAAAGCAUUUAUACAGUG